CCCAAAGCAUAUCUCUAAGCCCAAAUUUCUAUUACCAAAAAUACCAAAUUCGGACACCAAUAGGCAAUAACUACCAUAAUAUCUCUCCUCGUUUUAUCCAUAACCGCCAUAUAUAACCGCCACUUUCCCGCCCCCACUUCCCCGCCGCCGUCCGAUGGAGUCCGUCGCCUCGAGCUCCACCCCCCGCCGCCCGCUCCACCACCGCCCCCGCCCCGACGUCGCGCAAUCCUUCUCCGACCGCAUCAUCCGCGCCGUCCGCCACCGCCUCCGACUCCUCCACCGCUCCGGCCCCCUCUUCUCCGUCCUCGGCGCCACCGGCAACGUCUACACCGUCACCAUCUCCGCCACCGUGUCGUGCUCGUGCCCCGACCGCGCCACCCCGUGCAAGCACAUCCUCUUCGUCUACAUCCGCGUCCUCGGCCUCCCCCUCGACGACCCCUGCCUGUGGCGGCGCUCGCUCCGCCCGUGCCAGUUCCGCCGCAUCCUCGGCCUCCCCACUGCCGGCGACACCCUCGCCGGCGCCGCCCUCAGGGAGAGGUUCCACCAGCUCUCCUCCGCCCAGUCGAGGGGCGGCGCCAGCGGCGGCGACGGCGGUGCACGGCGGCCGGAGGUGGCGGCGGAGGUCGGCGCCGCCUGCCCGGUUUGCCUGGAGGAGAUGGCCGGGGAGGGGGCGAAGGUGGUGGCGUGCGGGGCGUGCAAGAAUGUGAUACACGAGGAGUGCUUCUUGGCUUGGAAGAGGAGCUGCCGGAGGAGGUCCGCCACCUGCGUGCUCUGCCGCGCGCGGUGGCGGAGCGGCGGCGAUGAUCUGGACAAGUAUUUGAACCUCUCGGCUUAUGUGAAUGAAGAUGAUAUGAUGGAGGAUGGGGGAUGCAGUUAAUUAGAUAAUUAAUUUGAUUAGUUAGAUGAUCAUUAAUUUAAUUAGAUUUGAUUUAGUGCAAUGCUUAGAGUUAAUUUGGAUUCGUUUCAAUUUGUAAAUACAUGACUGAAUUUAAUCUCAAGAUCUGUGUUAGGUUUGAUUUGAA